GCUGCAACAGAUAUUCUAGUCUUUUUUGGUAUAUCUUUGUUCCUACCGCUGACCUACAUAAGCGAUAGCCUAAAAUUACAACCUCGCUCUUACAUGAUACUCACUAAAAGAACAUGCCACCCACGACAAUUUCAGCCCGUACCGGGGGGUAUGCCGCUCUGAAAAAGGGACAAAAGAUGAAGCUCAUCAAUCCAACGGGCACCCAAGUCAUUGACUUUUGGGCAUUUGCAUUUCCCCAGCAGAGCAUAGCCGACAUCCCUACCAGUUUCAUCGUUGACGAUAACAAGACAAUAGCCAAUAGAUAUGACAUGACCAAAUCAUUUCCUUUCGUCUCCGGUGUGCAAUACUUUUCCGCAUCUCGCACGCGAUCCAUUCUAUCAAAACUUGUCCCUUCAGCGGUGACAAAGGACGUACUAUACACUAACAAGAGCCUUCCCAUGUUCACCCUGAUAGAAGAUACAACAACUGGGAUCCACGACACACUUUUUGGGUGCUGCGACCGCUUUAGAUACCAAAACCUGGGUGUGGGACACUACGAGCACGAAAGCUGUUCUGAGAACAUGCAUUUGGCUCUUGAAGAAGCCGCCGACGACGGCCUGUUUGAGCCAGGCACAAUAUCAACUGAGUGGACACCUGAUCCAUUUAAUGUGUUUAUGAAUGUGCCCAUUACGACAGGACUUGGUCGUGAGUCUGGCGGAGGUAGAAUCGAAUGUGUGCCUCCAGCGUGCAACGCUGGCGAGUAUAUUGUUCUUAGAGCAGAGUUGGAUUGUGUAGCGGUUAUGAGCGCCUGUCCAAAUGAUGUCAUUGUAGGUGUGAAUACUGGGAGAUGCGAGAGAAUUGAAUAUGAGAUUUUAGAUUGA